UUCAUACAAUACUACUGAGACAUCUACAGCUUAGCAGACAGAUACGCUGAACCGCCUAUCCCGGCUCCUGUAAGUGAUGCUGCACUGAGGCACACUUUGAUCCAACUCCAUUGGGGGGGGGGGCGAGAUGCGCUCGCUGCAUCCCACCUUUAAGAGUUUUUUUGGGGGAGCUUGUACAUCCUUGCUUCAGUCAAAUCAAGUGCUGAUAAAAUGAAUUAGAUUUAAGCUAUCGUCUUUCAACAGAAGUCAAUUUUUUUGCGCUUGGAUUGAAGUUUUACGCGCAGGUCGAGACGCCUUCAGCGCACAUGUGCACAUUUCGGCCCAGCGUUCUUAAAGCUGGGAGAAAUAAAGUAAUUGAAAGGCAAAUAGGCUAGGGAUACAAAGUUAAUGUAAAAUAACCAAAACAAAAAACUGCUUGGAUCGAUGCGUAUCUCCGCCCGUGGGAUUGCGAGCCCAAGACAUCUGAACAGGAAUUACAGCGUCCUUUUCAAACUAAGUUGAUCGAUGUGCGUGAUAUUUUUCUCUUGCACAUGUGGACCACUGUCUUUUAAGCGCAUGGAUAAGUUUUUGUAGUGGAUAACGUUUUUUUUUUUUACUUGCAUCGCAUUCUGUUGCCGCUUCUCGUGAGGAUCCUUUCUCCCCCUUCUCCCCCGACUUCAGUUUAAUUCGUGGCACUUUUUUGUAAAUCAGUGAUGUCUCUACGCGACGGCACAAGCGGUUGAUUAUUCAUCAUAUUAGAGCGGAAAAGAAUUGCUGCUGUAGAAGGGAAGCUACCAUCAACCUUUGAGUAUGGACUUAGCAGGUCAGGCUCAUGUGCUGGUGGUCUUGCUCGCCAGCGUGGUCCUGCUGUGUCUGGCCCAGGAGAGGGACUACACGGUGAAGGAAGAGCAACCGGAGAACGUCCGCAUCGGGAACCUGCGCAGGGACCUGGACCUCAGCCUAGACCCUAACAUCAGGCUGUCCUCUCCGUUGCAGUUCAAGCCUGUGUACAAGACAGGUGACGUGCCUUUAGUGAGGGUGGAGGCCAGCACGGGGGAGAUCUUUACAACCAAUCACCGAAUCGACCGGGAGAAGCUGUGCUCAGGGGUCUUCGCUGAGAAACGCUGCUACUAUGAGAUAGAGGUGGCCGUGCUGCCCGACGAGAUCUUCAGAUUGGUCAAGAUCCGCUUCCUGAUCGAGGAUGUAAAUGACAACGCACCACUUUUCCAGUCAACUGUUAUAAACAUCUCCAUCCCAGAGAACACCGCCAUCAACACUCGAUACCCUGUGCCCUCAGCAUUUGACCCUGAUGUAGGGAUCAAUGGGAUCCAACAUUACGAGCUGGUCAAGAGUGUCAGCGAGUUUGGCUUAGACAUCAUUGAGACUCCUGAAGGGGACAAGUGGCCACAGCUUAUUGUUCAGCAGAACCUUGACCGCGAGCAGAAGGACACCUUCGUAAUGAAGAUAAAGGUGGAGGACGGUGGCAACCCUCCCAAGUCCAGCACUGCCAUUCUCCAAGUCACCAUUUCUGAUGUCAAUGACAAUCGUCCCAUCUUCAAGGACAGUGAGCUGGAGGUCACAGUCCCAGAGAAUGCCCCCAUGGGGACAUCAGUUGCUCAGCUCCAUGCCACAGAUGCAGACCUGGGCUCCAACGCACAGAUCCACUUUGCCUUCAGCAACCAGAUCUCUGCCUCAACCAAGCGUCACUUUGCCAUCGAUAGCUCUACAGGACUCAUCACAGUGAAGCAGCCUCUUGACCGGGAGGUAACUCCUGUUCACAAACUCAUUGUCCUGGCCAGUGAUGGCAGCUCCACUCCUUCCAGAGCCACAGUGAUUGUUAAUGUAACAGAUGUUAAUGACAAUGUUCCUACCAUAGACACUCGCUACAUUAUCAACCUGGUUAAUGGGACUGUUCUUCUGUCUGAGAAUGCACCUCUAAACACCAAAAUAGCCCUAAUUACUGUUACUGACAAGGAUGCAGAUCUUUAUGGUAAAGUAGCUUGCUACACUGACCAUGAUGUUCCUUUCCGGCUGAAGCCUGUCUUUAAUGAUCAAUUCUUACUAGAGACGGCUGCCCCCCUAGAUUAUGAGACGACUCGAGAAUAUGCAAUUAAGAUAGUAGCCUCGGAUAGAGGGACGCCUCCUUUGAACACUUCAGCUAUGGUUUUAAUUAAAAUCAAGGAUGAGAACGACAAUGCACCCAUCUUCCCCCAGCCGGAAAUCCAACUUUCCAUACCGGAGAACAAUGAUCCUUCUACACAGUUAAUAAAAAUCAGUGCCACUGACGCAGACAGCGGACAUAAUGCUGAGAUUAUUUAUACUCUUGGCCCUGAUGCGCCUGAUGGUUUUAACGUAGACAGGCGGUCAGGAAUCCUUUCUGUUGGCAAACGACUGGACAGAGAGAAGCAGGAGAGGUACUCAUUCACUGUCAUAGCGAAGGACAAUGGCUCCACAUCCCUGCAGAGCAAUGUCACUGUCAGGCUAAUCGUCCAGGACCUUAAUGACAACAGCCCAGCUUUCACACACCCAGAGUACAACUUCUAUGUGCCUGAGAACCUGCCCCUCUACGGAACCGUGGGCUUAAUCACAGUGACUGAUGCAGAUGCAGGAGAUAAUGCUGUUAUAACCCUGUCCAUUUUGAAUGGCAAAGACAAUUUCAUCAUCGACCCCCAAACUGGCGUGAUAAAACCCAAUAUCACCUUUGACAGGGAGCAGCAGAGCUCUUACACAUUUAUGGUCAAGGCAGUUGAUGCGGGGCAACCUCCAAGCUCCUCUUACGCCAAGGUCACUAUCAAUGUAGUAGAUGUGAAUGACAAUCGCCCAGUUUUUGUCAUCCCAUCAUCCAAUUACUCAUAUGACCUAGUACGGGCCACCACCACACCUGGCGCUGUGGUCACCAGAGUGUUUGCCAUUGACAAUGACACGGGUAUGAAUGCUGAGCUGCAGUACAGUAUUAUCAGUAGCAUCAUCAUCACAUCUAGGGUCUCUCCUCGAGGUCUCUUCGCCAUUGACAAAAUAACGGGUAACAUUACACUGCAGGAGAAAAUAGUAGUAGCUGACCAGGGGCUGCAUAGGCUGGUGGUCAAGGUCAAAGAUCUAGGCCAGCCUGAGUCAUUACAUGCCAUAGCCCUGAUUCACUUGUUUGUCAAUGACACUGUGUCAAAUGCCACCUUUAUCCAAGAGCAGCUACGAAAAAGCAUGGAGACACCUUUGGACCGUAACAUAGGGGACAGUGAGGUAUCACCUCAAGCCAAUGGAUAUGUGAUUGUUGUCAUAGCUAUCAUAGCAGGGACCAUGACUGUCAUCUUGGUGAUUUUUGUGACUGCCUUGGUGCGGUGCCGACAGACGCCCAGACACAAAGUUGUACAGAAGGGCAAACAGAGUGGAGAAUGGGUUUCACCUAACCAAGAGAACCGUCAGAUCAAAAAGAAGAAGAAGAGAAAGAAGCGAUCCCCAAAAAGCCUCCUCCUGAACUUUGUGACAAUAGAUGAAUCCAAGCCUGACGACCCUACCCAUGAGCAUGUAAAUGGUACGCUCGAUCUCCCCGUGGAGUUAGAGGAGCAAACCAUGGGGAAGUACAACUGGGCCACCACGCCUACCACCUUCAAACCCGACAGCCCAGAUUUAGCCAAGCAUUACAAGUCAGCUUCCCCUCAGCCUACAUUUCAAAUCAAACCGGAGACCCCAGUGGCCCCAAAGAAACACCACGUGAUCCAGGAGCUCCCUUUGGACAACACAUUUGUGGUGGGCUGUGACUCACUCUCCAAGUGCUCAUCGACUAGUUCCGACCCAUACAGUGUCUCAGAGUGCAGCUGUCAGGGGGGAUUCAAGACUGCGGGGCAAAUCACCACCCGACAGAACCUGGGCCAGACACCAGAGAAGUCUUUUAACUCACCGCCCCCACUUUGUCCUCAUAAGGAGGCCUGUCAACUUAGCAAGAUAACCUCUGUGAAUACCCAGCGUCGUGUGACCUUCCAUCUUCCCGACGGUUCCCAGGAGAGCUGCAGUGACAGCGGGCUUGGAGAUCCCGAGCCCAGCAGCACGGCCAGCAACGCUCAGCCUCUCCCCCUCAGCUUCCACCAGGAUGAGUACUACGAGCAAACAUCACCCAACAGCCGCACGGAGGGAGAUGGAAACUCAGACCCAGAAUCUACCAUAGAGGUGAACCUGCAGAAAGCUUUGGCAGAGGCCUCUGAGACCUGCACCCAGGAGUGUCUGAUACUGGGCCACUCCGACAGCUGCUGGAUGCCCCCAGCCCUGGCCCAGUUCCAAGGGUCUGGUAGCAACAGCCCCAGCACCACCCCGACCACCGCCGCCAUCACAGCUACAAUGUCCUCUUUUGGCUUCCAGCAGAGCUUUUCCAGGGGGGCCAAAGCUAACAUGGGCUGCAUGGGGGUCAUGGAUGGUCGCCAUACGCUGGGCAGGUCUGUGCCCAAAAAAGAAGACCUGGACAAAGGGAUGAACCGGCCGCAGUUCUACAACACCCUGGAUAGACACUCCAGUAAGAAGGAGGACCCCGUCAAGGUCAUCCCCCUGGCGAGCUUCUCUGCCCCCGGGCAGCACACGCCCACUGGAGUAGGCAGCGGGUCUUUCUUACAUGAGCACCAGCUGUAAGAGUAAAAAGACAGACCUUCAUUGACCCCGACAUAAUUGUGAACUUGAUCCAUAGACGGCUUUUUGUCAGUGACUUUAUGCUCAGUAUGUCUGCUUGCGGGGGUAUGCAUCAUUUGAAUUACUUUGACCAGCUCCAGCUCUGUUUCAUUAAUGAAGACGUCUGAGAAUGGAUUCCACCACUGUGAUGAUGCUCAGACAAAAUCACAAUGGAUCAGUCUGACAGCUAAAGCAUUUAAAAGGAAAUGUAUGGCUCUUAACACAGCAGGCCCAUGUAUAAUGAAUAAUGGUAGUUCUAUACCAAAGUAGUUCUGUCACUGAAGAAGAUACAUUUUGCUUGAGUUUUUUGAUGUUUGCUUAGUGACAUGAAAAGGCAAUGUACACUUUUCCUUCUUUGGACCCAGCUUAGUGAAACCAUGUCCUAAAAGAUAAUUUCCACAUGCAGAAAACAUGCAAAUACAGUGCUUUGUGUGGAGUGAGCUAAAUUGGGCUAAAUGUUAAUUAUGAGCUCUGGGUGGAUGUGUUUCUGUUCAUGUUCUAGUGAAAUAUUGCUCUAUAUAACACGCAGCACAAACUCCUUUGGUGGUGAAAGAUGGUUCUUUAGUCUUGCCUGAACACAUUUCAGAAGUCUUUUUUUGGUCAGGGGACUGCAGAAGGAUGAGGAAAAAAAAGAGUCUAAAAGCAUAUCUAGGCCAAUGGUAGACAACACCUGUAAUCUUUUGCAUUUUACAUUCUCACUAUGGACAAGUACACAAAUUAAACACGAAAACAACACUAUCUACUGCACUCGCACACGAGUACCCAAGAAAGAUGGGUUCCAUAUGGUGGUUGUUCCAUCUCUGCCAACUCUAUUAAGAAAAUGUUCAUUCAGUAUCUCUGUAGCUUAGCCUUGAAAGGCGUAGACAGAUGCGCUGUAGAAACUUACCCUUUGUUUCCCCUUCUUUGUUUCUAUUGCUCACAUUUUGCUGCUUAGAAACUCUCGCACGAUAGCAGCAAUGAAGCCAAUUAUGAAACUCUAAAUCUAAUUUCUUUGAUGUGUGAUCUCUGUAGCGAUCCUUAUUGUGGUUUGGAGGUCUGGAUUGGUUCUUCUUGCUAGUAAAAAAAAAACAUGCAUACGUGCAUGUACAAAGACAAAGAAAAGGUGACUCAGUUACAGCGCUUUAUACACUCUCUCUACUCCCAUUAUAUCAUUAAUAACCCAUAUUGUUCUUGCUUUGUUUACUUUCGUGUGAGUUUAUGCAAAUCAGUUUGGCUGCAAAGUUUCAGUUUUCAUUUUUUACCACUGACACUGAAAUAAAAGGCCAGGGUGCAAGAAUUUCUGCAGGGCUCCGAGUCUAACUAAAUUAUUAAUGUUAAUGUUAUUUUUGCAGUUAUCAUUAGAAUAGGCAUUGGCACUGUUUGAAAGGACCUCCCUGCAGGCUGCCCCUCACCAUGGUUUUUUAUCAUACACACACUGCUUCACUGCCUGUAUGUGUACAACACCCUGAUGAUGAUGAUAACCGCUUCAGACUAACUUGCUUCUGUAACAGAUUGGGCCCAGUAUAAUCUAUUGCUACAGCAAUAAGUGACUUUGCUGAUAUCCAUUUUUCUUUCCAGUAACAUCCCAGCCCCGUGUCUACAUCAGAAGCUAUAUGAUUCAUGCGAUUCAUUUUCUUGUACCAUCUUGCAAAUUGGGAACAGGCCUAAAUCUAUAAUGCAUUGUGGCGUUCUCUGGGGAAGGUGCGAGGCAAAUUGUGUUUGCAUGCUCUUACCACACCUAUUCUCCCAGAUACUUAGGGUCAGGACUCUUAUCAUGAUAUAGAGGAUUUAUCUGAGACUCAGAGAAAUUAAGGAACACUCUGUCAAGGACACGGAAAAGGAGCAAUUCAAUUUCACCUCAGUCAAUUACGAAAAUGAAAUUAAUUCAAAACAAGCAACUUAGACAAACCCCACUAUACACACCGGUAGAUGAAAUGUUCACUGUUUGGAAAUACAAUUUAAUCUCACAUACUGGAAGAGUUUUUUUCUUUUCAUCUAUCACUUCAUCUCAUUCCAUUAUUAUGGUAGAAAGCAACUGAUAUAAACAAUUCAUAUUUCAUCAAAGGAUCAAAUAUCAAAGGGAACACACAUUAUGAUGACAAUGAAAAUGCAUUGAAAUUGUUAAAUCCAACUUUAAAAGUCGAGAGAAAAAGGAGGGAAAGUAUUCCAUGUUUUUAGCAAAGACACAAUUCUAAACAACACGAUAUGUUUUUGUUUUUUGAAGAAUGAUGCCAUUAAAAAGGUAAAGCCACUACCUGCAGCUGAAGUGGGAUGUUUGACCUUCUCUACUUAAUACAUUUUCAGGACAUAUAUGGGAUUUUACACUGUCACACGUAAAUAGGAAUGUGGUUGUUUGAAAUAUUUCAUACAAUCACAUGUGUACAGUAAGCACAAUAUUACCUGUAACCCACACUGUGUUUGAACUUUCUAUGCUCAUAUAACUCUGAUGUACUGUAAUGUUGCAGCUGCUGCAUUAAUUGAAAACAACUUCUGGAGGGAAUAGUUUAAGAACUGCAUGAAUGUAUCAGUAGGAUGUUGCUUUCUUUUUAUACUAACAUGACUUUUUUUGUUGACGGCAGUCCUGUUUUUCUUUUCAUUUUGAUUUGCCCUGAGAGGCUAAGCUAGUGUUGUUUUAUUUAUUUGAUUUUCAGACAAACAGCAUACCCAUGUGAGUUUGGUUUAGUUUUUUUUUAAUCUUUUACAAACCCCGUAUUUGGAAGGACAAAAUGAAAAGGGUGAUAGGUGUUUUUUACUUUGCAUGAUUCUGCUCUCACUGUUAUUUUCCAUACUAUUCUAAUUCCUUCUGCCCGAAGAGUAAUGAUAGUUACCAGAAAGCUGAAGACUUGCUUUUAUUUAUUUUUUUAUCAGGCGUUUACUAUUCCAAAUGUGUGUCAUGAUUUCCAUAAUUUGCAUGAACUGUCUGGACUUUUCAGAAGGCAUUUAUGACACUUGACUGUGUAGUUCAUGCAUCCAUCGUUAGAUUCAGUGCCAGUGUUGAUGUUUACUGCUCUACCUGUUUGUCUGUCUUAUGGAACAAAACAAAUGUUACACAGUGUACACAUUCAAACUUUGUGGAAGCGUGCGUACCACUUAUGCCUCUACAUACACUCAAAUAUUUUAACUGACAGGUCAACUGGAUUUUAAACUGUAUAUAGCAGUUCCCCUAAAAAGGUACAACAAUGGUUCCAAACUGGAAAGACUCAUACAGAAGAGUCUAAUGGCUACAGGCUAAUUACUGGAAUUUGCAAAGUUAUAAAAAGCAAAAAAAAAAAAAAGGAAAACAAGUUGGUUAAUGAGAUGACAAUCUCUGUGGUAAUGUAAAUGGAUACAUAUGCAUUAUGUUGAUGAGAGUGUGUCUGAAUGUGUUUAUAGGUGAACUUGUAUGACUGUGAGAAAGAGUGUGUGUGUGUGUGUGUGUGUGUGUGUGUGUGUGUGUGUGUGUGUGUGUGUGUGUGUGUGUUUCCUUGCAUGAGUGAGAUGGUGAGUGUGUUUGUGUAUCCUGGCAUGCACCUUGCCAGAAUGUUUUAUGUACAGAAAUGUUAUCUUGUACAAAAAGUAUAUCAAAAUAUAAGACUUAAGUAUAUGCUUGUAACAUAGUCACCAGUAAGUGAGGUGGAGUGAGGUUUCGCUUUGAGAGAAGGCUUCAAUGCUUGCCAGAAAAUCUGUAUUGGUCAGUUAAAGCUAUACAGCCUGUGUUGUCAUGCCUUUGUAAGAUAUCCCAUUGAAAUAUAUGAAAAAAAUGACCUUCCAUAUGGUGAAAUGAUUUUUCUUGUCAUUGAAUUUUACUUGAACCAUUAAAUAUUGAGUCCUCAAAGUA